UUUGGAUAGCUCAAUUAAAUCCCAUGGAAACUAACAUUUACGGAGCAAUUGCCGUGGGAAGCAUCAGGUAUCCUCUACGUCUGUCCGCUCUUCCCCACCACACGGGGGAGUGUCCCCUCUAUGUCUGUCUGCUCUUCACCACCACACGGGGGAGUGUCCCCUCUACGUCUGUCCACUCUUCCCCACCACACGGGGGAGAGUGUCCUCUACGUCUGUCUGCUCUUCCCCACCACACGGGGGAGAGUGUCCUCUAUGUCUGUCUGCUCUUCCCCACCACACGGGGGAGAGUGUCCCCUCUACGUCUGUCCACUCUUCCCCACCACACGGGGGGGAGUGUCCCCUCUACGUCUGUCCGCUCUUCCCCACCACACGGGGGAGAGUGUCCUCUACGUCUGUCUGCUCUUCUCCACCACACGGGGGAGAGUGUCCCGUCUACGUCUGUCCGCUCUUCACCACCACACGGGGGAGAGUGUCCUCUACGUCUGUCCACUCUUCCCCACCACACGGGGGAGAGUGUCCUCUACGUCUGUCCGCUCUUCCCCACCACACGGGGGAGAGUGUCCUCUACGUCUGUCCGCUCUUCCCCACCACACGGGGGAGAGUGUCCCGUCUACGUCUGUCUGCUCUUCUCCACCACACGGGGGAGAGUGUCCUCUACGUCUGUCUGCUCUUCUCCACCACACGGGGAGGAGUGUCCCCUCUACGUCUGUCCGCUCUUCACCACCACACGGGGGAGAGUGUCCUCUACGUCUGUCCGCUCUUCACCACCACACGGGGGAGAGUGUCCUCUAUGUCUGUCUGCUCUUCACCACCACACGGGGGGGAGUGACCGUCUCCGUCGGAGGUGAGACACUAAAGCUGAGGUUAGC